CCAAGGACGUCACAGACAACAUCAUAGAAACAACAAGUCAGAGAAACAUAACGGCAUUAUAGUUAACGUUUCCCUGAAGAAAAAAAUAUUAAACAAUGGGAUGCUCCAUAUCGCAGUUGGAUAGAUUAAAAUUCGUUGAAGAUCCCUUGUCACCACGAGACGAUUCCUCACCGGAGAUCAGCGACAUAGGUCGGCCACUUGCCACCGAAUCCGAGGUUUUGUCACAGCUGGCGCAAGAGGGCAUAAUCCCAAGUAAGAAAAGACAAGGAGGCGUGGCUUAUUCCUUCCCUGACAUAUGUCAGUCCGCUAGGAAGCCCUUCCCUCUUUUGGAGAAGCUUCCCAAAAGAAUUCAGUUUAUGAAUCUGGAAGAAAGGCUGAUGUUGGCCGAUAUUCAACGUCACCAACAACUUGACAAGAAGAGGGAAAACGUCCGGCGCAAGAAUCUCAAGGCUCAGGAAAAACACAGAAUGUUGAAAGAAAAACGUCACCGAUCAGCCGAUUCGGGGCUAAAAAAAAUGGCAGCAUUGCAGUGACACAGUUUUUGGUUAAAUAACCACCAAUAAACAUAAAAUUAUACAUUAAUAAGGAAAAUGAAGAAGAAUAUUUACCUGAACUAUUUUUAUUUCAUUUUAUGUUGAACUCACACGAUUUUUUAUAAGAACUUUUUACGACAUAUAUAUGCUUAUAUAUUUUUUAUAUGAAGUAUAUAAUUAUACGCUCAAAAUAUACAGUAUAAUUUUUGUUUACAUUGAAAAGACCCAUUGGCAUGAAGUAUAUAUUUAUACAAUAAACAUUUGUAACGAAGUAUAUUAAAUGUAUAUAUAUAUUUAUACAUGUUUUCAUAAAGUAUAUAACACAUUGUACAUAACGUAUAUUUAUGUAUAUAUGACAGUUGGCAUGUAGUAUUAAUACUUUGCAGACAUUAUCACAUUUUAUUUUGGAAACAAACUCUGGUUAUCAGACCUCGACGUGACGUGGAGCUAAAAAUUACUCUCCUUGACCUGGUCUAAGGUGAGUGAUGGUGUGCGAGAGUGAUAGCUCACCUAAACCGAGAUCUGAGUUUCAGUUUUAGCAACACUUGUACAUUUGGAAUUUUGUGAUUAUUAAUCUAUAUGAGUUAGUAUAUAACAAAAAAAUAUUUUACAACAAAUAAACAGUUUGUGAUA